UGCAAAAUAGGGGAGGAAAAACAACAACAACACGGCUAUAACGUCGUCAUAAUUGUUCUACAUUAAGUUAUUUAUGUCUGUUAUUAAAAAAAAAAACGCAGUGACGUUCACAUAACGUACAGUAGGCUAAAAUAAGCUAUCGGUUUACAGUUUGAAAUUGCGACAUACGUAGUGCGCGUUGCACUGUUCUAAACAUAAAUAAAAUACCAGCGCCAAUAUUUCCGUAUGUUACAUAAUAUCCAUAUGUUUCUUUUAAAUGUGAACAGUACGCUUUUACAAAAGCAAAAAAAAAAAAAGUGCAGUGCCAAACGUGAACGCCCAGCAUGCGCACACACCAACACACCCCUUUCUGGGUAGAAAACAAACACACAAUAAUCUAAUAUCAACAUAUUUUUUUAUAAAAAACUACGACGCAUUUGUGUAUAAAAGUAUCAUUUCGGCUUACUUACCUGCAUUCCGCCCUCUGUUUACAUGAAUAUCUUUAAUGACGCAGCAAGAGGCACACGGAGCAACAGAGAAAUGGGCAAAUAAAACGAGAGAGGGGAGGUCAUUCCACCGCUACUCAGAAAGAGGCAGGUAUGCAGGUAAAGACCUAUGUGGAGAGAGGCAUGCUGGUGCCUGAUCAUGUGAUGACCAGGCUGAUGAUGCCCAGACUGGAACAAUUGAGUGGCCAAAGCUGGCUUUUAGAUGGUUUUCCACGGACACUUGCACAGGCACAGACCCUGAACAGUUUGUACCAGCUUGACAUGGUCAUCAGCCUCAACAUCCCUUUUGAAACGCUUAAAGACAGACUCAGUGACCGCUGGAUCCACCCGGGUAGCGGCCGAGUAUACAACAUGGGCUUUAACCCGCCGAGAGUGCAGGGCAAAGAUGACGUCACCGGGCAGGACCUGAUUCAGCACGAUGACGACAAACCAGAAGCUUUGAUGGCCAGACUGAGACACUACAAAGAUGUGGCUAAGCCCGUCAUCGACUUAUACAAGUCACAAGGAAUCCUGCACUCAUUUUCGGGUACAGAAACCGAUCGGAUUUGGCCGUACAUCAACUCUCUCCUCAGCAAGAUGCACACAAAGCCAUUACAUGCUUGUCAGAGUCAGGCGCCCUGAAUCUUGGAAAAGACCGCAGAGAACAUCAAGAAAGACGGUCAAUAGGUCGUCAUCCAGGUCUUGUUCAUCAUUGGAAUGGAGAAAUAACAGUCACCCAAAUGCUUUAUAGAUAUUUGCAAUGAUAUAGUGGAAUUAUAUUUAGUCCAACGCUCACCCAGAUAUAAGAACAAUUUUAGUAUGCUUCAAAACAGUCUACACAAAACAUUCGUAUCUGAUUACACAAAAAGACUUGAGCUGCAUGCAUGCAACAAUGGCAAAGAUAUGGAAACAGUCGCUUUUUGAUGUAGUUCAUCACCCUCACAAUGUGUGAGUUCAAUUUAAACUUUGCAUAUCCUAACGCAACAUUUUUUUCCCGCUAUCUCGAGAAUCUCAAAUCAGAAGAUGGUCACUAAUAGUCCACGAGACUUAUUACAUAAAGGAAGUUAAACUGGAGCAACAAAGCAGGACCUGGUGUAUAAACUAGUGUAGGGGUGCCCAAACUUUUUUUCUCCAAGUGCCAAAUUGAAAAUGUGUUAAUGAGCUAUGGACCAAACCCAGCGAUUAUAUGUGUCAAACACAAACACAAAGUUCCUUUAAAUUAGUGCAAAUAAGAUGGAUAGAUGAAGGGCUGCCCAUUGCUAAAUUGGUGCCCUAAGCACUGCCUUAUAACCUUUCACAUAAUUUUUUACAGUUUCACUCAUCUUCAAUUUAAUUAGAUGCCUAAAAUGAUUUAAUGGGAAAGAAAUUGUUCAAUAACUGCGAUUGGCUGGCGACCAGUCUAGACUGAAGUCAGCUGGGAUAAACUCCAGCUUAACCGUGGCGUAUAACAGAGAUUUGCAAACUUCGCUUCUUGCCACCACUUACAUUCGGGAUCAAACCCAGUUUGACUGCCUUGCAAGAUAAGUGCAUUAAUGCUGCACGCCAUGGAAGAUUGAGCAGGAAGGGGCUUGCUUAAGUUCGGAGUAAAGUUUUAUAAAAAGGCGCCCCGUCAUUUAAUGGUUACUAGGGAUGUAACGGUAGCAAAAUCUCCAUCCUUCCAUCCAUCCAUUUUCUACAGCUUGACACUCAUAUUCACACACUAGUGUUGCCAAUCAACCUAUCCCCAGGUGCAUGUCUUGGGAGGUUGGAGGAAGCCGGAGAACCCGGAGGUAGCAAAAUCUCACGGUACAAUAUUAUCACGAUAUUGAGGCCUGUCAGGCUUGGACAAAGGAAGGGACUCAGAUGCAGAGAUGGGGGUUCUAAAUAAAGCUUUUAUUUUGAAAAACUCUAACCUCCAGAGCAGAGAAUAUUCAAUCACUAUGAGGUACAAAAACAGAUAGCGAAUAACGUUUCCAAAAAAGGGAAAAACCAAAAAUUACUCCAAAAGGAGGAAUUACAAAAAAUAAGACGAAUGAUAAUUAGCACCGGAUCUGCUAUAAAAACUUUUAACAAAAAGCGCUCCAACAGGAGGAAGAAAAUAAGGCCUAUCAAACUUACUACACUAAAUCUUAUUCUAAUAAAUGUAAACAAAAAAUCACUCAAAAACUUUGAGGAAGGAAGAUCAUUUAGGAAAAAAUUAUAACUCACCACUGCGGUUGAAAAAAGGCUAAAUAACAAAAGUCGCUCUGAGGGAGGAAAAAGUUAACUCAAAAUUACAGCUUGAACAAUACUGGAUACACGGACGUAGUCGUGGGACGAGACAAGGCAUGAACAUGAACGUGGAUGCAAGACAGGCACGAAAGCUCGAGACAAUCUGGCACAGAACAAGGGGAGGCAUGGGCUUAUAUGGAACAUGAGGGUAAUGGGAAACAGGUGGAAACAAUCAAGGGUCAGGGAUGACGUCAGACUGGUGACACAAGAGGAAGGGCCCGUGAUCUGAAACAAGAGGAGUUGCUUUUCAAAAUAAAACAUGCAAAUCACAAGACAGAAAAAACCAAGACAAGACUCUCCUCACUGCGGUGUGACAGUACCCCUCCCUUUAGGGCAGACACCUGACGGCCCAGAUUGUCCGGGAUGGUCUCUAUGGAAAUCCUCAAUGAGGGUGGAGUCCACUAUAUGCCGAGAAGGCACCCACUGUCUCUCCUCCGGUCCGUACCCUUCCCAGUCCACCAGGUACUGUCUGCCCCGGCCCCUGCUGCGAACUGCCAACAACUUCUUUACUUUGUAAACAGGACCGCCCUCAAUCAUCUCGGGUGGUGGAGGGGACGUGGUGGCUGGAACCAGCGGGCUUACUUUAACGAGUUUCACUCGACUGACAUGGAAGGUUGGGUAUACACGCAGGGACCGGGGCAGACGGAGUCGUUCAGCAGAGGGUCCGAUGACUCUGGUGAUAGGGUACGGACCUAUGAAUCGUGGUGCUAACUUUUUGGACGGUACUUUGAGCCGCAUGUCUUUGGUCGAGAGCCAUACUCUAUGCCCUGGCUGAUAUGCAGGAGCGGGUCUCCUCUUGCGAUCUGCUGUCUUCUUCAUCCGGUCUCUUUGUCGGAUCAGCACCUGACGAGCUGCUGCCCAGAUGCGUCGGCAACGUCGGACCAGGGCAUGUGCCGAGGGGACCGAUGCUUCCGGCUCAUUGUCUGGAAAGACUGGAGGUUGGAAACCAUAAGCACUUUUGAACGGAGAGAACCCUGUGGCCGAUGUAGGUAGUGAAUUGUGUGCAUACUCAACCCAGACCAGGUGUUUGCUCCAUGUAGAGGGAUUCUGGGACACCAGGCACCGGAGGUUGGUUUCCAGUAGCUGGUUGAGGCGUUCGGUCUGGCCGUUGGCCUCCGGGUGAUAGCCUGGGGUCAGGCUGGCCUUAGCUCCUAUGAGUCUGCAGAAAUCCCUCCAAAACCGUGAUACAAACUGGGGCCCCCGGUCAGAGACAAUGUCUUUCGGGAAGCCGUGAAUCUUGAACACAUUGUCCAUCAUGAUUUCUGCCGUCUCCUUGGCGGAGGGCAGCUUCGGCAAGGCAAUGAAUCUCACCAUUUUGGUGAAACUGUCCACCACUGUUAGGAUGGUGGUGUUACCUUGAGAGACCGGGAGCCCCGUGACGAAGUCCAUGGAGAUGUCGGACCACGGUCUGGAGGGAAUAGGUAGGGGCUGCAAUAGACCCAUACGAGAUCCGGAUGAUGUCUUGUUCCGGGCGCAGACCGAACAUGCCUCCACGUACUCCCGAACCUCCGGCUCCAUGGAUGGCCACCAAAAUCGCCGAGAGAUGGCGAACAUCGUUCUCCGAACUCCCGGGUGGCAUGAAAGCAGGGAGGUGUGAGCCCAAUGGAUCACCUGUGAGCGCAACCCAGUCGGAACAAACAAGCGACUACCUGGGCACCCACUAGGUGGCGGGGUUCCACCAUUUGCCUGCUUCACCUCAUCUUCUAUUUGCCAGGUAACCACUCCAACCACACGGGACAGUGGAAGGAUAGAUUCUGAUUCCUUGGCAACAAGCUCGGGGUCGAAGCGUCGAGACAGGAUGUCUGGCUUGACGUUUUGGGACCCCGGCCUGUAAGAGAGAGAGAAAGAGAAGUGGUUGAAAAAGAGUGCCCACCUGGCCUGGCGAGAAUUGAGUCUUUUAGCCUUCUUUAUGUACUCUAGAUUUUUAUGGUCUGUCCAGACAAUGAACGGAAGAUCGGCCCCCUCAAGCCAGUGUCUCCACUCUUCAAGGGCGAGUUUAACCGCCAACAGCUCACGGUUGCCGACGUCAUAGUUCCUCUCUGCUUUGGAUAGACGUUUAGAUAGGAAGGCACAGGGAUGCAUCUUGCCAUCCUUCUCUGACCGUUGGGAUAGGACGGCUCCGACUCCUUCGUUGGAGGCAUCCACCUCUACCACAAACUGGCGUUGCGGGUCUGGCAUGGUGAGAAUAGGAGCCGAAGUGAAACGCUGUUUGAGAUUCUGGAAUGCACUUUCAGCUUCUGGAGUCCAUCGGAAUUGUACCUGAGUGGAAGUGAGGGCAUGGAGAGGAGCCGUUAUAGCGCUAAACCCUCUUAUAAACCACCUAUAGAAGUUAGCAAACCCUAGGAACUGCUGAACCCUUUUACGGCUAUCAGGAGUGGGCCAGUCGGUAACUGCAUUAAUCUUAGCCGGGUCCAUCUGGACCCUUCCCGGAGCUACUAUAAAACCCAAGAAAGAAAUAGUGUUAACAUGAAACUCACUUUUUUCUGCUUUGGUAUAUAACUGGUUUUCCAAUAGUCUUUUGAGGACCCUAGUCACGUGCACUUGGUGGGUCUCAAUGUCUGGUGAAUAAAUUAAAAUGUCAUCUCGGUAUACAUACACAAAUUGAUCAAGGAAGUCUCUGAGUACAUCAUUUAUCAUAGUUUGAAAAACAGCGGGUGCGUUGGUGAGUCCGAAUGGCAUGACAAGAUAUUCAUAGUGUCCACUGGGAGUAUUAAAUCCAGUUUUCCACUCAUCCCCCUCCCUUAUACGGAUCAGGUGAUAGGCAUUACGAAGAUAGAGUUUGGUAAAUAGCUUAGCUUGUUGGAGUUGGUCAAAUACUGAUGUCAUGAAAGGAAGGGGGUACCGGUUCUUUAUGGUGAUGUCGUUGAGGGGACUGUAAUCGACGCAUGGUCUCAAGGAUCCAUCCUUUUUGCCCACAAAGAAGAACCCGGCACCUGCUGGUGAUGAGGAGGGGCGGAUCAGCUCUGCUCUUAAUGAGGCUGUGAGGUAUUCCUUCAUGGCCGCCCUCUCUGGCCCGGAAACAGAAUACAGGCGACCCUUGGGUAUGGUGGACCCUGAGAUCAAGUCAAUGGCGCAGUCGUAUGGACGGUGCGGAGGAAGAGACAUGGCUUUGGUUUUGCUGAAGACUUCUUGUAGCUGAUGGUAGCAUCCCCAUGCUACCAUCAGUGUUCAGGUCCGGGUACUCCGAUUCUGUGGUGGGGUUUGCAGAAAACAGGUUGAGUUGCGCUACACUUCUUCUUUGUGUAGCACUGAUGAAACAAUCAUUAAUACAGUCCUUCCCCCAUGCUUUAAUUUCACUUGUCCUCCAGUCUAUCUGGGGGUUGUGUUGAAUCAGCCAUGGUAGUCCCAAAAUCAACGUGUGUGAGGCGGCUUUGAAUAGAUAUAAACACAUUUUUUCCUCAUGGUCUUUUAAGUUAAAUGCGGACGGGUUCUGUGGCAUGAGUAAUCACAAACAGUUCCUUACCAUCAAGAGCUUUAGCUCUCAUGGGUCGAUCUAAUGGUUCAGAUUUGAUCCCUAAUUUAGCAGCCAAAGACCAGUCCAUCAAACUCUCGUCUGCCCCUGAGUCAAUAAGCGCCCCAAUGUUUGUGACGGUGUGAUGUUUUACCUGAACUCUGGUGAGGGUACGCUUAAUGGGAGUAGAAGUAGCUUGUUGACUCACUCCUAUGGGUCGUUUAAUUGGACAAGUGGCGACGAGGUGGCCCGGCUCCCCGCAGUAGAAACACCUCCCUUCCAGCUGUCGUCUCUGGCGUUCCUCUUGCGUCAGCCGCGCUCUCCCCAGCUGCAUAGGAUGCUCACCUUCCAUCAGGGAGCUGGGAUGACUCGACUUGGGUGAAGCUGUGUAGAAAUCCGGUCCGUGUUGCGUCUGAUAAUGUGCCGCUCCUACCGUAGUGGUUGCUCGUGCGCUCCGAUGUCGUCUGAGCUGUGUAAGUCUGUUGUCAGUACGGAUGGCGAGCGCAAUGAGCUCGUCCAACCCAGCAGGUAAGUGUAGUGGAACAAGUAAAUCUUGAAUAGGUACGGCCAGUCCUUUCAAAAAAGUGUCAUAAAGAGCAGCGGAGUUCCAUCCGCUCUCUGCCGCUAGCGUGCGGAAUCGGAUGGCAUAAUCACAAACCGAGUCUCGACCUUGCCUCAGUCUGCUCAGCUCCUGUGCCUUCUCUCGGUUAUCGGUGACAGGAUCAAACGUCAUUCGUAGUGCCGUCUGGAAAUCCGUGAGUGAGUUGCAGAUGGCUGAACCUCGGCCCCAUUCGGCGGAAGCCCAGGCCUUGGCUCUACCCGUCAAGUGGGAGAUCAUAAAAGCGAUCUUCGCUCGCUCAGUGGGGAAGGCGUGAGGAUUAAAUUCAAAAUGGAUUGAACAGUCUAUCAUAAAUGCUUUGCAGUGUCCUGUUUCACCUGAAUAGGAUGCUGGAGGUGCCAAUUCACUUCCGGCUCCAGCGAAUGACGUAGGCGGUAGGUGGGCAGGUACGGGUGCUGAUGCGGCGGAUUGAGGAAGUCGCAGGACCAUCUCCUGCAGCUGGGUGGUUAGUCGGGCCAUAUGCUCGGCCAUCGCCGUAUGGAAACCUUGGCGUGAGAGGCGGGUUUCCUGAUCCUGUAUGGCGGCGGAAAACUGUCCUUUCUCUGCUGAGUCCAUACUGGCCAGAUUGUAAUGUCAGGCUUGGACAAAGGAAGGGACUCAGAUGCAGAGAUGGGGGUUCUAAAUAAAGCUUUUAUUUUGAAAAACUCUAACCUCCAGAGCAGAGAAUAUUCAAUCACUAUGAGGUACAAAACAGAUAGCGAAAAACGUUUCCAAAAAAGGGAAAAACCGAAAAUCACUCCAAAAGGAGGAAUUACAAAAAAUAAGACGAGUGAUAAUUAGCACCGGAUCUGCUAUAAAAACUUUGAACAAAAAGCGCUCCAACAGGAGGAAGAAAAUAAGGA